UAUGAUUAUGGUAUUUUAAAGUGCACAAAGAUUAUUUAAUGCAAGUUAUACUAAGUUAUUCAAGAAUAAAGGUUAUUGACCAGUGAAUGUGUGUACAGCAAGAGCCUAUACAUAAGCUGUGUAGGAGUAGUAGCAUUAGUGUCUAACUAACUCAGGGACAAAGUUUUUCUCUCUCUGCCAUCGUUACCUACGCCAUCAGUAUCUGCGGUAGAAAAGACAAGGUAACAACGAGAAAUCAAUAAAUCGGCAACGUUGUAUAGAUUAAAGAAGGCAAUAUCAGCUAUAACAUAUAACGAUGGCCAGUUUUGAUCGUGAGCAAUUCUUCACCAUUGUAAGCUUAGCGCUACUCAUAAGUCUGACAGCGACAUCGAUCGGUGAGGACACUACUCUAACCAGUGGAUCGAAGCCGAAACUACUCCAAGCUGCUCAAGCCUUCUACUUCAUUGCUUUGUUCGCCUUCAUCUUCGCGCUCAUACUAUACUCAGUAUACGCCUUUAAAUUCCGCAGCAAAAGUUUGAAAUAUGCCUAUAUCGGACUGAUUGUAUCAGGAUUUGUGUGUGCAGUACUCAGUGUUAUCAUGUACUAUCAAGCAUUCUCCGAAUAUGGUACAGCUAAACCGGAAUCGAAUUCAUGGUUGAUUGCAGCUAUAAUGGCUUCCUUCCAAUUGAGUGUGUAUGUUAUCAUGUACCAUUUAAAUUAGACGCCUCACUGACUGACUGUCCAAUUAUUACUUAUUCACUGAACGAUUCAAACAAAAUCCAUGAUAGUAACAAUAUUCAUCAACAUUUUUUGAGAAGAAUUCAUUCUACUUCCUUAACUGUGUAAUUCGUUUAGAUUUUAGAAAAAAAUUAACUUUACUAUAAACACUCAUUUAAAAAAACAAUAAUAAUAAUGCUUCCACAGAGUAUACAUAUUAAAUCUUGGGACUUAAUGAAAAGGCUGUUGCAGUGAUGAGGAUUUUCUUCUCGACUAAGUCAUC